CUCGAAACUGUUCUAAAGUACGGGUUUGUCAGCAGAAAAAAGGCCAUAUCCGCACAUCUGAAGCAGUCGAAUAGAUUAGAUACGACUACAGACAUAACCGCUGUCACAGAAACGAAUCAUAGACGUAGUACAUGCACAUCCGCGGCUUUAUCCGAGAAGUUGAGGCCACUACACGCAUGCGUUGAUCACAUGUUGCUGGCAAACCUAGUUGUUGUUGGUCUAGACCGUGUAGACACCGUCAUCCGCGAGAUUAGCGUUAGCGCUGCUCUACUAUCCGCUACAGUUUGACAAGUAUGAGCCGCAAAGUAUUCUGCUGUUGCCGGAAGACCACCGGAUACUUACGGUCGUUUAAUGGUUACGAUUCAGAUUUAAUUUUAUGCAGGACGAUGGUACAGUAGAGACUUGACAGCAAUUUAGCUGCCCGCACUGUUGGCUGCUUGUAAGAAACGUUAUAAUAGCAGAACUGACGUUCGCUAGGGGGGACAGUAUUGAGACAUCUAGCAGGCUGGCUACCUGGUCAUCCGGAGAACAAUCACUGUGCCAAAGGACAAUAAUGAGCAACCUUAAGUUUUGGGACCAGCUACAGGCUGGAAGCUCCGAGAUCGACUGGUGUGAGGGGAAUUACCUCAUUUACCCCGGCAUAGCGGAGUUCUACAAUACGGUCUGUUGGAAAUGUCAUUCUCAGUGUAAAUAGCUAGCGUACUAACUGCACUUCAGCUUGUCCUUGUGAGUGUGUGUUCAUUGUCCCGCUAUCUGUUAAACCAACAUACGGCUACCUGCAAUUUUCUAUGCAGCGACUGCUCGUCAUGCUAUUGUCGUGUGCGCUGCUGUCACGCGGUGUCAUACAUUUGUAGAAGUGGUCGCUGGAAAGCUAAAUUAAGAUAACGGCAGCGCUGGCAUGCUCGGGGGGAUGUGCGCAGCUGCCUGCUGUCAAGUUUACCUUGAGGUGAUUGCAAUAUAGAUGCGAUUUCCAGCCACACCGCUGGGAAAGUGCAAAGAUCAGCAACAUAUUGUUCUUUAUUUUGCCUCCUAUAUUAAUGUGCCUGUUUCGUCAGUACGCUACACAUUUCAACAGCGGAAUAUAUCUAAUAUGGACUCUGCUGGUCGUUGUGGGGAUUGGCUCGACGUACUUCCACGCCACGCUCAGCUUCCUGGGUCAGAUGCUGGACGAGCUGGCCAUCCUCUGGGUGCUCAUGUGCGCCAUUGGCAUGUGGUUCCCCAAGAGGUACCUGCCCAGAGUCUUCCGCAAGGACAGGUCAAGGUUCAAAGUGGUCAUGGCCGUCCUGUCCGGGGUGACCACGGCACUGGCGUUCGUCAAACCCGCCAUCAACGCCAUCUCCCUCAUGUCCCUGGGCAUCCCCUGCACGGCCCUGCUGGUCACGGAGCUCAAGAGGUGUGAGAACCUGCGGGUGUUUAAGCUGGGCCUUGUUUCGGGGGUGUGGUGGACCCUGGCUCUGCUCUGCUGGAUCAGCGACAGGAUCUUCUGCGAGAUGUGGUCCUACAUCAACUUCCCCUACCUGCACUGUGCCUGGCACAUCCUGAUCUGCCUGGCGGCCUACCUGGGCUGCGUGUGCUUCGCCUACUUCGACGCGGCGGCCGAGGCCCCGGAGCAGGGCCCCGUCAUCCUGUUCUGGCCCAGCGAGCGCUGGGCCUUCAUCGGGGUGCCCUACGUCACCCUGCUGUGCGCCCGCAAGAAGUCCUCCAUCAAGGUGACCUAACCGCGCGCCCCCAUCCCUGCCGCCGGCCCCCGUCCCUGCAGCCGGCCCCCAUCCCUGCAGCCGGCCCCCGUCCCUGCAGCCGGCCCGGGACGGCUGGAGCCGCCAUCGAGAGUCUCCGUUUCAGCAUGGUCCCCCCCAAGUCACACACACGCACGCACACGCGCGCACACACACAAGGACAUACAUGCACACACACGCGCGCACACACACACGAGGACAUACACGCACACGCGCGCAUACACACACAAGGACAUACACGCACACGCACACGCACAAGGACACACACGCACAUGCGUGCACACACACACAAGGACAUACACGCGCACACGCACACGCACACGCACAUGGACACACACGCGCACGCACACGCGCGCACACACGGGGAUUACAUUUACAUUACAUUACAGGCAUCUAGCAGACGCUCUUAUCCAGAGCGACUUACACAACUGUUACACAGCAUUUUUACAUUGUAUCCAUUUAUACAGCUGGAUAUACACUGAAGCAAUGCAGGUUAAGUACCUUUAGCUCAAGGGUACAACGGCAGUGUCCUACCCGGGAAUGGAACCAGUUCCUUUCCGAUUAUCCUACACUGCUGCACACACACUAACACGUGCACACACACACGCAUGCACGCACGCACGCACUAACACACACACUGUGGUGUGUAAGACAGGGUGUAUGAGGGCAGUAGUACCUUCAUAUGAAGUCUUUUGGAAUAAUGAAGUUUGCAGGUGCUGUUGCUUCUGACUACCAGAUCAGGGUUUCUUUAUUACCUGGAAAAGCCAGGUAUGACAUAUGACAUGAGAAGAACUGUAAAUUAAAUUUCUUUUAGAAUACUGGGUCAUUCCUUGACCUCGUUGAGUGGCUCGAAAGAGAAGGAAAGUUCUGGCAUAUAUGCAGGUUUCCAUGUGUUUAUAGUGUUGCUCUCACAUUUUAACAUGUUAUUUUUAAAAACCUUUUUAAGCCCUUGCCUUGUUCCGUUGUUAAACAUUGAAUCAUUUUACUAGAGGUAAAUUAUGUUAAUAUAUAAAGCCAAAUUUAUGCAAAGUAUUUUUUUUCAUUUUCUAAAGCAUGUAAUUGGCUGAAUGUACUGUUUAAUGAUGGGCCUUUGGGUUUCCUGGUGAAAGGGGUGGAGCCUGUUGCCAUGGUGAAAGGGGAGGGGUCAUUUUCCAUGGUGUUAUUGAAUGUUUGGAUUUUUAUCAGGUGGCCUGGCGAGCUCCAAAGCCAAAAAUCAAACCUAACAUCUUUAGUCAUUUCAAAUGUGAAUAAUGAAGUAUGCAUAAGUUGAAAUAAUAUAAUGAUGCAAUAAUUGUAAAAGAUUUUAGAUUUUAUUCUGAGCAUUUAGGGCCAGUUUUUGCAGACACUGAUUAAGCCUAGUCCUAGACUACAUUCUAUUUAGAAUUUUUGGCUGGACCGCAACAGCGGGGCCAGCCCUAUAAACGCGAAUGUUUGUGACUGAGUGAUUGAGUGAGUUAUGAAGUUACACCAUUGGUCGGCCGGAUAGAAGUGUCUUAGGUCCUGCCAUAUACUAGGUUUUGACCUGGUCUUGUUUUUAUUCGAGUACGAAAGUCAGUUUAGUCCUGGAAUAAGCUUAAUCUGUGUGUGUGAAACUGGCCCUGAGUGUUUCACAAGGAUAUUCCUAUGGCACAAGAAUUAAUUACAAUGGAAGUUUCUGUCACAUACAAAUACACCUACAUGGACGUGCACACACACACACACACAAACAAACACAUGCUCACACACACACACAGGCACACACGCACGCAUGCUCACACACACGCACAUACACACACACACAAACACACAGACACAGGCACGCACACACACACACACACACACACACAGACAAACACAUGCUCACACACAAACACAAACACACACA